CAGUAUAUCAGCCAACAGGAAAUGGACGCAAAAUUAUCGUCGGUGCUGAAAGCAUCCCCAGACGUCUCGGUAGAACAGCAGAAGGACAUGACAGAUCGAGUAAAAACGGAGAUCUACCAGCGGGCCCGUGAGGGCGCAAUCCGUGAGAUUAUCGAAACGGUGAAAGCGGAGGCGAUUCGAGCUGGAGCAACGGAAGAGUCGAUAAGCGUCGUUGAGAAAGAGGACAUCGCAUUGACCUAUAUUCCUGGGAGCGCAACGCGCAUUAAAGUUAAGGUAGUGGGUGAUAUGAAAGCCGAGGAAAGUUGUGAAGACUGCCCGAUUACCGUCGUCAUCGAUCAUACCGCGGAGGAGGCAGCAGCUGGUAUCCAAACAUCAAACAAAACGGUCAGCACGACGGGAACCAUGCUCUCUUAUGACGACGAAACCAUCCGGAUUCAAGAACCGGAAAUCAAUACCGAGACAGGGGAAUGGCUGUUGUCGACAUAUGACCUUGAGUGCCUUAGUGUUGGGGCCGGCGUCAUGGGUUGUGGGGGAGGGGGGAACCCCCGUCUUGGUCUGCUGCUCGCAAGGAAAGUUCUCGAGAGCGGGAACACCAUCAGAGUUGUCACUCCGGAACGCUUUUUGUGCUCGGCGGUACACGCAGACGACAAGGUCGCUAUGGUGGCAGUCAUGGGGGCGCCUCUCAUAGCGCACGAAAAACUCAUGGCCGGAAACGAGCUAGAGGGGGCGCUUCAGAGUAUGCUGGAGCUGUACGAAAACGGUAAUUAUAAUGACGCAGAUGGUGAUCUUCAUGUUACAGAUGAUACCGACGUCAAAGUGGGCGAUGGAGUUGUAUACAUUGAUAACUACCCGCCUAAGACAAGGGUCGGUCGUUCAUGUCUUGCCGCGGUUAUGAGUUGCGAGGUUGGGGGGCUUAACUGCAUGGAGCCGCUGAGAGUCGCCGCCGAGUUAGGAGUUCCGGUUCUCGACUGCGACGGCAUGGGACGCGCCUUUCCAGAACUGCAGAUGUUUACGCCGUUCAUAUACGGAUUCAAACCUUACCCAGCGACCAUGGCGGACGAUAAAGGUAGGCGUGCGGUUGUGCUGAAGGUCGACUCGCCUAAUCGUCUGGAGAAACACUUCCGUGAUGUCACUAUUAGCAUGGGGUGUAGCAGUGGUGUCUGUUUUGCCGCGAUGCGCGUGCAGGAUGUAACGAAGUACACAGUGCGCCACAGUCUCAGUCAAGCGUGGCGCAUUGGCGAUACGGUCCUCCGGGCGCGGGCGUCGGACGGUGAUCCUGUUGCGGCGGUGAUAGAAGCGGAAGCCGGUCGUAACCUUAUAUACGGUAAGGUCACAGACGUCUUACGGGAGACGACGGGUGGCUUCAACAUUGGCAAGAUAGACAUCGACGGUUUGGACGUCGAUACCGGAAGGAGAAUUACGGUACAGUUUAAAAAUGAGUUCAUUGUUGUUCGCGAGAUGUCGUGUAGUCAGAGACGCGUGCUGGCCUCCGUACCGGAUCUGAUAGCGCUACUUGACGCUGACACGGCGCAGCCAAUACCGACGGAAGAAGUCGGAUUUGGAAUGCGGGUUGCCGUCGUCGGAUUUAGGGUUAAUCCUAUGAUGUCCAGUGACGAAGCCCUGAAAUUGGUUGGGCCGAAGGCUUUUGGCCUCACUGAUGUGGAAUACGUACCUAUCGGCGAGUUCAAAGACCGCGGCUCAAUAGCGCCAUUGUAAGUCAAGAUUAGGUUUAGACCUGUUUGUUAAUAGAAUUUCGUCAUAUACAAUUAUUUUACAACCGGUAGUACCCCGUCCGAGUUAAUUAUUUUUUUUCUCAAUGAAUUGUGUCAAACAUAUUCAGUCUUAGUCGAAACUUUAACAAAGAAUAAAAUUACAUGUGUUAAAAUAUACCUAAUAAUAAACACACAAAAAUUGUUUUGAAAACUUAUUUCCUACAAAGUAAAUGCAAAAAAGUAUGUCAAAGUAUGUUACAUACUACAAUACUACUACUUAUUACCGUUGUGUAUUAGUCCGUAAACAAUAAAAUAUCGUUCUGGUACACGUAUACUCAACAACAGUUUAGUGUCAUAGCGGUUGAAUUCAUGUGCAUUACAUCUCUUUUUUUCAGAACGAAGAUCGUUUUUUAAUUAUUAUAAUUAUGUUUUCUUUUAGAGAUAACUUAAGCUGAUAAUGCAAUUAUAUUCCAGACAAUAGCUAUUGGCAUUAUCAAGUGGUUGUGGUAAAAAAAAAAUCGUGCUAUAUGUAUAUUUUACACCGACAACUCAAAAACGAAAAUCAUUUGUAUAUUAGUACUAUUAUUAUAACACAUCUCACAUAUUUGUGAGUUUAUUUAGUAACCACUAUUAUUGAUUGUAUACACAACUGAUUGUAGAGAAGUUCAUAUCGAAUAUCUAUUAUGUGCAGGCGAGAUCUACAUGUGAUUUCGUUUCAGUGCUAUAUCUUUUAUGUUAAACCUAACUUCGACAUUUAGUUAACAUGCAAUAGUAAUUUAUGCACAGUACUGUUUCUAUAUGCAGAUUGAUUCUUAUAUCUGUAUUACAUUAAAAUAAUUAUUUGUUUACACGUCACGCUAAUCCCCCCCCCCCCCAGAAAAAAAUAAAAUAAUAAUAGUU